AUUUCCAUUAUUACUACUAGCGUUGGGGACAAAUCUCAGCCUUUUCACAUAUCAGCUUUCCUUAGCUGAACUCGUGGUAUUCGUCCAUAACUUCAGCAACAAUGUCUUCCGGCGUUCCGCAGAAAUCGACAACUUGGAUCGACCAUAAUGUUAAACCAAUGGACUGUGGUUUUCGAUACGAUGCUUUGUCACAGGAGAAGUCUUUUCGACUCCUCAAGUUGCUUCCGUCGUCCGAUACCUCGUCUCCCAUUAUCUGCACCAUGUCUGAGCAGCGCAUAGACGACUCAAUUAAGAAGUAUACCGCGCUCUCUUACACAUGGGGUAACAUACAGGAUAAAAAAGAAAUCAUCCUGAAUGGCCGUCCGGCUCUUGUCACGCAGAACUUGCAUAUGGCGCUCCAACAAAUUCGUCAUAUGCCUGGAAUGCUUGGAGCUAUCCUUCAACCCCUUUCCCUCUGGAUUGAUGCUCUCUGCAUAAAUCAACAGGAUAAGAAUGAAAAGGCUGUCCAGAUUGGGUACAUGCAUCAGAUAUUCGCCAAUGCUCAGUGGGUUGUAGCGUGGCUAGGGCCAGAAGGAGAUGAAAGCGGGGCAAUAAUGGACGUAAUCAACCAGGGAAACUCCAUUGAUGUGGGGUCUAUUCCGGCUCCCGCUCUGCUGUCAUUCUUAAGUCGAUCAUGGUGGACAAGGGCCUGGGUUCUGCAAGAGUGUAUGGCAGCAUCAGCAGCAUCAUUCAUGUGGUUGGUUUGCGGAUCGUCGUCCACCGCCUUUAUACAUCAAGGCAUUCCCCUCUUCGACAUUAUAAAGCUUUCCAGCAAGUUAGAGGCUACAGAUUCGAGAGACAAAAUAUUUGCACUCCUGGGCCUUGUCGAUGGCCAAACGAAGUCCCAAAUACGGCCGGACUAUACCUUAUCCCCCUGCGAGAUCUUCUGCAAA